GCGUUCACCCCUCGUUGACUGUGUCCCGCCGCGGUGCCUCUUGUCACACCCGCCAUGGCUCUGAUGCCCGGCCUGUGUUCGGCAAACACCACGUGCCUGCCGCUUGCAGAUGAAGAAGCUAACGCCAGCAUAGCGCACGUCCUCUCCGAUGGCAACUGGACGGCGUCUCCACGUGCCGAGGCAGCCCCUCAGCUGACACGAGCCGCGCUCGUGCGGGCGCUGGUGCUGGUGCUGAUCGCCGGAGUGUCCCUGUUCGGCAACUUGGCCACUUUGCUUUCGAUUUGGGCCAUGGGCCGGGCACGUCGCUCCUCGCUCUACCUGCUGCUGGCGCACCUCUCCGUCGCCGACCUCAUGGUGACCGCGUGGUGCGUGGUCGCCGAAGCGGCCUGGACGGUCACGGUGCAGUGGCUGGGCGGUGAGCCCCUGUGCAAGCUCUUCAAGUACAUGCAGAUGUUCUCGCUCUACCUGUCCACCUUCAUCCUGGUGGUGAUAGGCUACGACCAGUUGCUGGCGCUUCGGUACCCCAUGGAGCGUGCUCGAAACCGCCUCCGUUCCAAGAGGCUCACUUUGGCCGCGUGGGUGCUCAGCGCGCUGCUCAGUCUUCCGCAGGUGAGCGCUUCUCUUGCCACCUCCUCGCAAGAUGACGUCGCUCAAACCGAUGGCACGUUUCUUCAAUCUUUACGGUCUGUAAGCACACUUAGAAUUGAAAUGUGCAACCCCAAUACAAUUUUGACUGUCAUCAAAAUUAUCGCAGUGAAUUCUACAGACGACAUUCCUUUUGGACAAUACAAUGAGGGCCAAGUAUAUUUAAUAGUCAUUUCGAUAUGA